AUGAAGCUGCUUGUAGUCUUGUUUAUCCCACUUUGUGUGGACAUUCAUGCUUCUUUCAGACCUUUUGUGUAUGAUGAUGAGAUGCUGCUUCAGAAACCCUUAGAUUUUCAACUACCCAACGGGGCCGCAGCGGGAGGAGCCGAGACCCCCGGGGAGAGGGCUGGGAAAGGAGGCGGGGUCCCGGCAGCCGCGGCUUCUCCGCUCGGGGAUCCGGGUCUUGUCUCGGCGCUUCCUGGGGUUGGAGGUUGGGGUGGGAGGGCGGUGAGGGGGAAGCGUUUUUCCCCUCCACGGCGGCUCGGAGUCCGGCCCCUUCCUUCGCGCGUGCUCCCGCCCGCCGCUCUGGCCCCUGGUGCGGGUGUCCGUGCCGGGUCCCGCGCCCGCCCGCGAGCCCUGGACGCCCAGCGGCGGACGCGGAGGCCCCGUUGCUGCUGCCUCAGGUGCCGCGGUGCCGGGCUUGGUGCAGUUGGCGCUGGGCAUCCUGCCCGCCCUGCUCUUCGCCGCGCUCUUCGCCUUUGCCUGCCUACAGCCGCGGCGGCUGCUCCUGCACCGCGAGCGCCGGCUGAGUUACCAGAGCCUCUGCCUCUUCCCCUGCCUCCUGUGGGCCGCGCUCAGGACCGCCCUCUGCGCCGCCGCUCUAGCUCGGCGGCUCUCUGCCCCUGCUCCGGCCGCCCUCUCACCUACACUACUUGCCCCACUGGCUGCUCUGCUGCUUCCCCUCCGGUCUCCAGUUCUCCACGCUGUCUCCUCCACCUCUACCUGGCGGAGGGGAUCUGGAAACAUCAAAGCUGGAUUAGAACAUCUGGUAAAUUCUAA